AUGGAAGCUUUUGGUGGGUUUGUAAUGGACGAACAAGCGAUUCAAGUGGAGAAUGUGUUCUUAGAUUUCCUCAAGAGUUUUCGAUUAGAUGCGAACAAGCCGGAGCUGUACUACGAAGCGGAGAUUGAAGCAAUCCGAGGCGGUGAAUCGACGAUGAUGUACAUUGAUUUCUCACAUGUAAUGGGUUUUAAUGACUCUCUUCAGAGAGCAAUCGCCGACGAGUAUCUGAGGUUUGAGCCAUAUUUGAGGAAUGCGUGUAAGAGGUUUGUGAUUGAAAUGAAUCCUUCUUUCAUUUCUGAUGAGACUCCGAACAAAGAUAUUAAUGUUUCCUUCUAUAAUCUCCCUUUCACAAAGAGGUUGAGGGAGCUAACUACUGCAGAAAUUGGGAAGUUAGUGUCGGUGACUGGUGUGGUUACUCGAACAAGUGAAGUGAGACCUGAGCUUCUUUAUGGGACUUUCAAGUGCUUAGAUUGUGGUAGUGUUAUAAAGAACGUUGAACAACAGUUUAAGUACACACAGCCUACGAUCUGUGUGAGCCCAACUUGUCUGAAUAGAGCUAAAUGGGCACUGCUUAGACAAGAGAGCAAGUUUGCCGAUUGGCAAAGAGUUAGAAUGCAGGAGACUUCUAAAGAGAUACCUGCAGGUUCUUUGCCGCGGUCUUUGGAUGUUAUUCUGCGUCAUGAGAUUGUGGAACAGGCUAGGGCAGGUGACACGGUUAUCUUUACCGGAACAGUAGUUGUUAUACCUGAUAUAUCGGCACUGGCAGCGCCAGGAGAGAGAGCAGAAUGCCGUCGAGACUCAUCACAACAGAAGAGCUCUACAGUUGGGCAUGAAGGUGUCAAAGGUCUCAAGGCUCUGGGAGUUAGAGAUCUUUCGUAUCGGCUUGCCUUUAUCGCAAACUCAGUGCAGAUUGCUGAUGGUAGUAGGAAAACUGACAUGAGGAACCGCCAAAAUGAUUCUAACGAAGAUGAUCAGCAGCAGUUCACGGGAGAAGAGUUAGAUGAAAUUCAGCAGAUGAGAAAUACUCCUGAUUACUUCAAUAAGUUAGUUGGAAGCAUGGCCCCAACCGUUUUUGGUCAUCAAGACAUCAAGCGUGCGGUUCUGCUUAUGCUCUUAGGCGGUGUGCACAAGACCACUCAUGAAGGCAUCAAUCUUAGAGGAGACAUCAAUGUUUGUAUAGUUGGGGAUCCCAGCUGUGCUAAAUCCCAAUUCCUCAAGUAUACUGCAGGCAUAGUUCCAAGAUCUGUGUAUACAUCUGGGAAGUCCUCUUCUGCAGCUGGGUUAACUGCAACUGUGGCUAAAGAACCGGAAACUGGUGAAUUCUGCAUUGAGGCUGGUGCUUUAAUGCUUGCUGACAAUGGAAUAUGUUGCAUAGACGAGUUUGACAAGAUGGAUAUCAAAGAUCAGGUUGCCAUUCAUGAAGCAAUGGAGCAGCAAACGAUAAGCAUUACAAAAGCUGGUAUACAAGCAACCUUGAAUGCCAGGACAUCAAUCCUUGCAGCAGCUAAUCCGGUUGGUGGGCGAUAUGAUAAAUCUAAACCACUUAAGUAUAACGUUAACCUUCCACCUGCCAUUCUCUCGAGGUUUGAUCUUGUGUACGUUAUGAUUGACGACCCUGAUGAGGUAACGGAUUACCACAUUGCCCAUCAUAUUGUACGAGUUCACCAGAAGCAUGAAGCAGCACUUUCUCCUGAAUUUACUACUGUACAACUCAAGCGCUACAUUGCAUAUGCAAAAACCUUGAAGCCAAAGCUAAGCCCAGAGGCAAGAAAGUUAUUGGUUGAGUCUUAUGUUGCUCUACGAAGAGGCGAUACAACUCCUGGCACAAGAGUCGCAUAUCGAAUGACAGUUAGGCAGCUGGAGGCACUGAUUAGGCUCUCAGAAGCCAUUGCUAGAAGUCAUUUGGAAAUUCUGGUAAAACCAAGUCAUGUUCUUUUGGCUGUCAGACUGUUGAAGACUUCAGUCAUCAGUGUUGAGUCAGGGGAUAUCGAUCUUUCUGAGUAUCAAGAUGCGAACGUCGACGAUAUGGAUGGCGCAGGCGCAGAUGACGCAGAAAAUCCCAGUAAUGGAGAUGAAGAUCAUCAGAAUGGUGCAGCCGAGCCAGCUUCUGCAACUGCAGAUAAUGGAGCAACAGCUCCAAAACUGGUGAUUAGUGAGGAAGAAUAUGAUAGAAUCACACAGGCCCUAGUCAUUCGCCUUAGACAACAUGAAGAAACUGUAGCAAAAGACAGUUCUGAAUUGCCUGGAAUAAGGCAGAAGGAACUGAUUCGAUGGUACAUCGACCAACAGAACGAGAAAAAGAAAUACAGCUCGCAAGAGCAAGUCAAACUCGAUAUCAAGAAACUCAGAGCCAUCAUUGAGAGUUUGGUAUGCAAAGAAGGUCAUCUUAUAGUGUUAGCGAACGAGCAAGAAGCCUCGGAAGCAGAAGAAACAAGAAAAAAGUCUUCACAAAGAGACGAGAGGAUUUUGGCCGUGGCUCCAAACUAUGUCAUCGAGUGA